UGAGCAGAGCUCUGCCACGCUAGGAAACGUCUUUUUCCCCUCCAUAUUUAUUUUUGUAUUAAUAUUUAAUUUUGGUGUCUUAUUUCUUAUUUUUUGUAUUUAUUUUCGUUUUAUUCUGCCUUUCAUUGAUUGUUUUAUUUUUAUAUUUAUUUUUAAUUUUGGCAGCUUUGGUCCUCCAUAGCCCCGGAGACUCUUUCCCAUAAUGCAAUCCUAGUCGGAAAUGCAAAAGACAACGACUGACCAAGGUGGAACAUUUUUUCUCAGCGGAUUAUUUGCUUUGUGCGUGUCUUGUUUUUCCUCGAUUUCAUUGUCUUGACCAAACCGACGCCUCGACGACGUGGGCUCAAACAUCAGUCGCGUUUCAAGUCUCGGCACUCUCUGAAGUUUUGCGGCCUACUUUGUCUAGCCUAGCUUAGCCUAGCUGGCCAACCACUAACAAAGCUGCAAGGCACGUCAGGCGUUCAGAAAAUGUCAGCGAGAACAACACCGGCUGUAGUAAAGUUCCAGGAGGAACUUUGUGGCGUUAAAAAGGAGCCCCCACGUCACCAACGUCACCAACACUCGACUGUGUGCAAAAUAAUGCACGCAAAGGUGGUUCUUCACAGACUAGAAGAUCUACUAGUAUAUGUCAGCCAAGACAAUCGUCCUGAGCACCAGGUGACGGCAUGCAUCAAAAAGGAGGAGGAAGAGUCGCCAUACAUCAAGGAGGAGGAAGACUUUGUAGACAUUACAGAUCUAAAUGUCACCCAAGCCCAUCGUCCAGAGCACCAGGAGUCCUCAUGCAUCAAGAAGGAGGAGGAGGAAGAGUCACCAUACAUCAAGGAUGAGGAAGAGUCCGUACCCAUUCAAGCUUUCAGAAAAUAUCUUUGUGCUGACCAGCAGGAGCCACAAUCUCCUGGCGUUAAAGAGGAUGUUGAGCUCCCCCAAAUCAAAGAGGAGAAGGAGCCAGAGCCCUGUCAACAGAACGAGCAACUUCCUCUCAUAAAGGAGGAGGAGCUGCCAUGUGUUAAAGAGGAGGGAGGUAUCAGUAGGUCGACUGGUGAGCCCUGUAAGAGUGAAGAUGGUCCGAUUGAGGCCAGCAGAAGGGCGGAGCCACUAACCGACAGUAGCUCAACAGAAGGAUUGCAAGCGGACAGUUUCAUGGCUCCUCUAUCAGAUAGCGAAGACGCCAUGUCACACUCGCCUGACAGUGAUGAUGGUCAUAAAAAAGCUGACAGUGACGACAAACGCAAAUGCUCUCAGUGUAGGAAAACCUUUGCUACUAAGCAAAGUUGUCUCAGGCAUAUGAGGAGGAGUCACACUGGAGAAAUACCAUUUUCCUGCUCAGUUUGUGGCCAAAUUUUCAGUCAAAAGAGUGCCUUAAAAGUGCACAUAAGAAACCACACUGGCGAAAAACCGUUUUCCUGUUCAGCUUGUGGUCAAAGAUUCCGCCGCAAGAGCGCCUUACAAAUACACCAACGAACCCACACGGGAGAAAAACCAUUUUCCUGCCCAGUCUGUGGUAAAGUAUUCGCUCUAAAGCACAACUUGAACAUACACGCAAGAACCCACACUGGCGAAAAACCUUUUUCCUGCUCAGUUUGUGGUCAAAGAUUCAGUCACAAGAACGCCUUAAAAAUACACACAAGAACCCACACUGGCGAAAAACCUUUUUCCUGCUCUAUUUGUGGUCAAAGAUUCAGUCACAAAAGCACCUUAAAAUUGCACACAAGAACUCAUACUGGAGAAAAACCUUUUACCUGCUCAGCUUGUGGCCAAAAAUUCAUUCGCAAGGCCAAUUUGAACAUACACACAAGAACCCACACUGGCGAAAAACCCUUUUUCUGCUUAAUUUGUGGUCAAGGAUUCGCUCUAAAUAAAACCUUAAAAAGACACGAAGUAACUCACACUGGCGAAAAACGUUUUUCCUGCUCAGUUUGUCGUCAAGGAUUCACUCGGAAGAAAUACUUAACAAAACACACAAUAACCCAUACUGGUGAAAAACCUUUUUCCUGCUCAGUUUGUGGUCGACGUUUCGCUGAAAAGCAAAAAUUACAAAGACACACAAGAAACCACACUGCUGAAAAACCUUUUUCCUGCUCAGUUUGUGGUCAAGGUUUCGUUAAAAAGCAACAUUUACAAAGACACAUAAGAACGCACACGGGUGAAAAACCUUUUUCAUGCUCAGUUUGUGGUCAAGGAUUCACUCGAAAGGGAUACUUAUCAAAACACGAAAUAACCCAUUUUAGCGAAAAACCUUUUUCCUGUGUCAAGGAUUAACUGGAAUGUGUGUUUUGGUGUGAGCAGUGGCCAGUGACUGUUUUGCCUGUCAUCCAUGCUGCCUUCAUCAGAUUGUGCAUGCAGGACAAUUGUAUUCUGUAGAGGUUCCUCAAAUCCUGUUGAGGAUUGGCGCUUUUGAUGCCUUACAUGUGCUUUGUCCAAUCCUUGUAUGAUGUCGAUCCACACUAUUGCCAAAAGUAUUGGCUCACCGGAUUUAACUGCAAUAAUUGCAAUUGCAAUUAUGUAUACAAUGCUCUCGCUCUUUAAAACUGGACUUUUCACAGCUAAUAUAUGAUACACUAGACCCUAUAUUACAAAAAAUGUAAAUCAUUUAUCAAUAAUGUCCUUAAAUAAGUAUGGAAAGUUAUGAUUUUUUUGUUCAAUAUUGCAAAAAAAAUAAAAGAAAAACUCAUAAAUGGGAUUUUUGUGGUGGAAUUGACGUGUAUAUGACACCAUAAACCAUUUUAAUUUCAAAUUACACGCAAAUUUUAUGCUCUAAAUUAAAUGGACAGCUAUCGAUGUAUUUACAGUGAUACAUCUACAUACGAAGUGAAUCCAAGUAGUGAGUGAGUCCAAAUUGUGAGUCCAUAUAGUCGUAUGUCAAGCAGGACUUUCCCAUGAGAAUACAUUGAUUCCAUUUAUUCGUUCCACAGCCCAAAAACCUACACUAAAUCCUUAAUAAAUACUGCUAGUACUAUUACAAAUGGCAAUUACAGAUAGUAAAAAUAAAUAUAAAAAUUGGAAUAAUAAUAUAGUAAUGAAAAUAAUAAUGUCAUGAAUCUGGUUCCAUGUGGCGGACGUUUUUAGCGUACUGUACCUGAACGCACCGCGUGGAGAGUGAGAAAGGUGCAGGCAGUCAGGAUUUUACUUUCUCUUUAAUCUUUUGUUGUUACGUCAACUGCGUGUUGUGUUGCACUAGUUCAGAAGUACUGUAAUUUUCGGACUAUUACGUCACCACCCACCAAAUUUGACACGAAAACGGUAUUUGUUCAUAGAAAAGCCGCACUGAAAUAUAAGCCGCAGCUGUCUUCACUGUAUCAUGGGAUAUUUACGCCAAAAGAUAUUAACCUGUAACAUUUGACAGCGGCAUCAUAAGACCAAAUGAACCCCAUGCUCAUUGCUUUAAGCAGCUUCAUUUGGCACAUCACUGCUCCCAUGGGCCAUCUGCUGUCAACACUGUUUUUGUCCAACAUGCCUCCUAGCAUGCAUUGCAGCGCUACAGUAAAUUACAAUCAAAAUUAAUGGGUCUGUGCUAAUUAUUUCUUCAGUUACUAGACUCAUAAGUCAUUAGACUAUCAUAACUAUGGCAUAACACUGCCAUGAGCAUUCAUGAAUGGUUAUGACAGAUGUCAUUUUGUGUCAUCCGGCAAAUUAUCUCACUUAUGAAUGGAUGACCUAAAUGGAGUUAGUGACAUAAUUUGCCGGAUGACACUAAAUGACAACCGUCAUAAGCAUUUAUUAAUGCCCAUGAUGGUGUCAUUUCAUAAUUAUGAUGGUCUUGUUACAGUCUUAAGGUGGUACUGUCAAAUUAAGUGUUACCUGAUACCCUAACUAGCAAUUAAUGAAACAACUAGAACAGUAACUGAAGAAAUAAUGGCAGUCUUUUGACGCUGCUGUCAAAUAAAGUGUUACCUAUUAACCCAAAGGAAUCAACAAAUAAACCACACUGGACUAUAAGCCGCAGGAUUCAAAAUGGGGGGAUAAAAGUAGCGGCUUCUAGUCUGAAAAUUACGGUAAUUGAUUAAAAGCCUUACGAACUACGAUUUCUUUGUCGAUGUUACCACAAUAAUAAUUUGAACUGAUAAUGACUGAGGUCGGAAGAGGACCGUUGAGAUCGUAGACAUUAUAUGGCCGUAUUAGUAUAGGAGCAUGUAAGGAGGACCAAAGGUGAGAAAAUAAAUAGAAAAAUAAAAACACGACUAAAAAUACAAAAAUAACAACUGAGAUUUAAAAAUGUGUAUAUAUUAAGCCUGAACGAUGUAUCGUUUAAACAUCGCCAUCGCGAUGUUCGCAUGCGCAAUAGUCCCAUCGCAAUGACAUGCGAUAGUUUUUUUGUUUUUUUUUAAUCCUACAAACUUCAUGCUCGCACAGCCUCCCUCCCUCCUUCGCCCAAGUCCUAGUUCCGUAGUCACUGUGGCCCUCGCCUUUUAAAGUUAACCAUGGUGACAUAUGGUUGUCUUUGAUCUUGCCAGAGAAGCAGACUUCACAUGCGCCUCAUACAUCAAUAAUAGUUUAACUUGUAAAUAGUUGCUGUGCAAGGAAGCGUGCGCCGGCAUGAAUGUGUGUGUGUCGAGACGUUCGAGGCAGCCGUACAUGUUAUGUCGUGGCAAUAAACGCUAGAAGUGAGGAGUUUUUCACUUCUACAUGUCACUCCAGGAGUCACAGCCGAGGUAGGUAAACAGAAGCAUUUAAUAAAGCCACGCAUUUUUCUACUACGGUACUUUAUUCUUGUUUGUAAAUGAUUCGGUAGGACAGAAAUGUUUAAAACUGAUCAUAAUUAUUACAUUUGAAGUGCUUAAAAAACAUUUAUUAAAAAAUAUAAUACAUAAACACACAUAUAUAAAUAUAUAUAUAUAUAUAUAUAUAUAUAUAUGAAUGAAUGAAUUAAAUUUUAUCAUCAUCGGUAUCAUUGACAAUCAUUGACAAGUACAAAAUGUGAUAUGAUUUGCCCGAAGGAACCGAAGAAGACGACAAAGGUGGACGGGAUGAAGCAUAUGCUUAUCAGUUUCCCGUCCCCCAUACACCUAAAGACGCACAUUCAGACAUGGUACAUACAUCAGAUGGCCACAAUACUGCACAAUAACACAACAAUCUGGGUUUAGUAACUCAGCGUCCAGUCAAGCAGCUCGAUUAAUUUCAGGGCGUACAGGGUUAAUUCUUUGGAGCCAUACUGGGAGUCGAACUUGCUGGCCCUGAGCGCUUAUCGAAGAUAAGAGAGUGCUUCAGGGGCUCAGAGUGCGUCUGUACACGGUGAAGGCUGAACAGCGAAUGUACACUCACUGGCAACUUUAUUAGGUACACCUGUCCAUCUGCUCGUUAACGCUUCAUUUCUAAUCAGCCAAUCAUAUGGCGGCAACUCAGUGCAUUUAGGCAUGUAGACAUGGUUUAAGACAAUCUCCUGCAGUUCAAACCGAGCAUCAGUAUGGGGAAGAAAGGUAAUUUGAGUGACUUUGAACGUGGCAUGGUUGUUGGUGCCAGAGGGGCUGGUCUGCGUAUUUCAGAAACUGCUCAUCUACUGGGAUUUUCACGCACAACAAUCUCUAGGGUUUACAGAGAAUGGUCCGAUAAAGAAAAAAUAUCCUGUGAGCGGCAGUUCUGUGGGCGGAAAUGCCUUGUUGAUGCCAGAGGUCAGAGAAGGAUGGCCAGACUGGUUCGAGCUGAUAGAAAGGCAACAGAGACUCAAAUAACCACCCCGUUACAACCAAGGUAGGCAGAAGAGCAUAUCUGAGCACACAGUUCGUCGAACUUUGAGGCAGAUGGGCUACAGCAGCAGAAGACCACGCCGGUGCACAAACUCAUCGAAAUUGGACAAUAGAAGAUUGGAAAAACGUUGUCUGGUCUGAUGAGUCUCGAUUUCUGCUGCGACAUUCGGUCAUAUUUUGGUGUCAACAACAUGAAAGCAUGGAUCCAUCCUGCCUUGUAUCAACUGUUCAGGCUGGUGGUGGUGGUGUAAUGGUGUGGGGAAUAUUUUCUUGGCACUCUUUGGGCCCCUUGGUACCAAUUGUCGCGGCAGGUUCUGGUCCCCACUAACAGCGAAAAAUGAGGGAUCACUGCACACUGUCACGACGAAUCAUCCAAAAUCUUUCCAAACUCCUAUUCAAGUCAGGUGAAAAUUUCUUUAAAUUUUUUUUUUUUUUUUAAUAUCGCAAACCCCAGAAAAAUCAAUAGUUUUUUCCAACAUCGUUUAGGCCUAGUAUAUACAGGGCAAUAAUUAUUUCUUUUUAAUUAAUCACGUUAAAAUAUUUGACGCAUUAACGCAUGCACAAAAUGACUUAUUCAUGCGUUACCUCAAACAGUUUACAAUGACACCGUGUUACCACGUUGAGAGCGAAAAAGCAGAAAGAUGAGAGUGAACACAGGUGUUCGUUGGACCGCGCCUUUUAUUGGCUUAACCUUUGGCAGCCAUUACUAACAGUCAUGGCUGCCCAACUUCCCAUCAUGCAUUUGAGCGGAGCAGGAGACGAUCUUAACACGCCUAAUUGAACACAGCGCAGAACGCAUUUGGGCGGAGCAAGAGACGAUCUUUUUCUUAACAUGCCUAAUUGAACACAAUGCUGAACAUAUGGUAUACCAUUUGUAGCCACUACUGACAGUCAUGAUUGUCCAACUUCCCAUCAUGCAUUUGGGCGGAGCAGGAGACGAUCUUAACACGCCUAAUUGAACACAGCGCAGAACGCUUUUGGGGGAGCAAGAGACUAUCAUUUUCCUAACAUGCCUAAUUGAACACAACGCAGAACAUACUGUAUACCAUUUGCAGCCACCAGUGACAGUCUUGGUUGCCCAACGUCACAUCAUGCAUUUGGGCAGGAGACGUUCUUUUUCUUAAAAAUGACUAUAACUUGUACCCAAAUUGAUCUUUUAAGAACUACAAAUCUUUUUAUCCGUGGAUCACUUCAACAAAGAAUUAUAAUAAUGUUAAUACCAUCUUGUGGAUUUAUUGUUAUAAUAAACAAAAAAAGUAUUUAUGUACAGUAUGUUGAAUGUUUAUGUCCGUCUUAUGUCUUAUUUUUCCAUUCCAACAAUAAUUUAUGGAAAAAUAUGUCAUAUUUUAGAGAUGGUUUGAAUUGUGAAUUUUUACAAUUUAAUCAUUUUUAAGCUGUGAUUAACUCGAUUGAAAAUUUUAAUCGUUUGACAGCCCUAAUAUAUAUAUAUAUAUAUAUUGAAAUAAAUAAUUAGCAAAAAACAGGUAACGAGCUAGUCGUCACCAAAUCAAACGAGUAGCCAAUGCACGCUGUUGAAGACGACGAUUAGCGUUAGCUGUUAGCAUUUGCAGUUAAUGUCAGCGAAUAUUGUAAACCAGGGGUCCCCAACCUUUUUUGCACCACGGAUCGGUGUUAUUUGGGUCUUUUUUUUCACGGACCGGUGUUCUGACAAAUUUUGCAACCCAUCAAAAAUUGCAACGAUGCGGUUCUGCGCAUGCGCGUAACGUUAAACAUAGCCGCAAAAUGCGCAAAUGCAGCGAUUCCAAAGCAAACACUACAAACUUUCUUGAAAGAAAGGAAUAUUAACUAAGGUUUGAUCAUGGAAGGACUUGUAGAAAAGCUCUCCUCAGAUUCAUCCUGCCAUGUGCGCUGCACACAACAGCUGCACACCGCGCUCACCAUUAACGACUUCACCUUGUCGUUAAACAUUAAUUAAGUAGCCCGCUUCACAAAGAUACGAUGUUGGAAAUUGUAGCAUUGUAGCGAUGUCAGGAUAUUCCAGAAUGACUUUAAUCCAGAACCUCGGUAGAGUUGUUGUCUUGAAUGUACGUUUAAUAAGGUCGCCGUCAUUUGCGAUCUCUGUUUAUUCACAAACGGGUCACGAAUCCACUCCUUCGCAGUUCGUGGGUCUUCGAGGUUAUAGGCUCGUCAGGUGCCCUUUUCGCCAUAAAAAUAUCCUUUUCGCCGUAAAAAUAUCUCCAAAGAUGUCUGUUUUCCAGUUAUCUUUGCUCGUGUGGGGGCUAAUUAUUUCCGGGAACAAAUGUGCUGCGCCCGCGGCCUCGUAAUACGUAAUAACGUAUUACGAGGACAAGCGCACAUAGAUAUACUAUAUACACAAACAAGAUGUACUACUAGCUGUCCAAUCAAUGGACUUCUAUGACAACAUUGUAAUCUGUCCCGUAAUAUUAUAUCUAGAGUAGACAGAGAUAUUGGUGUGUUAAGCAGGGGCACAGGGUUAAUUCAGCCAGAAUGCGGUCGUUAUUAAAUUAUUAUUUCUGUGCGGCCCGGUAGCAAAUGCGCCACGGACAGUUACCGGUCCGCAGCCCGGCAGAUGGGGACCCCUGUCGUAAACAGUAGUGUCCACGUUAUUUUGUUUUAACUAACAUCCAUUUAAGCGUACUGCUAGUCGUUAGCAUCUACAUAGCCAACCAAUAGGCAAACGGUGAAGACUGACCCCUUCAUUGUAUAUAUGGAUAAAAAAACAAAUACGAGAGUAAAGCACUUUCAUUUAUUAGUUGAGAAUUAAUUCAAAUUAUAUAUUUUUGUAUUUAUUUCCACAUAUAUGAGUAUAGAAAUUUAAUACGAUCUAACAACUUUCGAUCAUAUUCCAUUAGUAAUGUGUCUCAAAGUGGAGAAUAUACCAGUGGUAAGUGCAGAUCAAAACAGCCAGUCUCCGUAAACUUAAUCUAAUAGAUGAGAUCUUCAGCAGAUAUGUGGUGCAGUUGGUAACUGGAGUUGUCCUUGGACCGAAAGGUCAGCGGUUCGAUUCCCGGCUACGACUGCUCACUGUCGGAGUGCCCUUGGGCAGGGCACUGAACCCUGAUUUGCCUCAAAUGGGUUGACAGCGCCUUGCAUAGCAGCAGCCCCAUUGGUGUGGGAAUGUGUGCGUGAACGGGUCAAUGUGUGCUAAAAUAAGUACUGUCCAUUUACCAUUAAUGUAAAGCGCUUUGGACAUGGUAACCAUGCAGAUAAAUGUGCUAUAUAAGAAGUGUCCAUCCAGAUAUACCUUCAAAACUGAUAUUUUGUUAAACUCCAUGGUAUUGCCUUAGGAACCUUUACUAUGUUGCGAUGUAAAUUGCAAAAACGAACAGCACUGCAAAGAAUUGUACGCCAUGUAUGAUUUUAUUAUUAAAUGUAUGAUUCUGGUAAAGACAAGAAUAGGUCUACUCAUCACGCCGAUCCUGGGUGGAAUUCUCGUGUGGCUGAACUUCGCUUAGCAGCUAGGCAAUCCUUCAAAGAAUGGGCAGCGUCAGGCAGAGUUAGAUUUGAGACUAAAAAAAGCACAGAAAUGUAAGGUUUAAAGUGCCUGUGACACGAAAAAGCAUAUUUAUUUCAUAAUACACGCGGUAUUUUAUGCCCCUGAAUGAUAUGGACCGCUUGGAUGUGUGUGGGAGCGAUCGCUAUAUUUAUUUAGUUUUUUGAAUCCCGCGCCAUCAAAAUGAGUGACUUCCGGCUUCGGUCUUGCAUUGAGGAGGAGGGCGCUGUGACGUGUACGGUAGAAGACGUUCUCUUCACUAUACAGUGUACUGUUGUGGAUGAGGACGAAGGAUUCAGCUGAUUUUGCGGAUUAAUACUUUUAUUUUUUGCAUCACGCCAGCCAAACGGCUGCAGAAAAAUCAUUCUGUAUGCGGGAGAGGCGUAUGCGCCCUUUUGGAGUUUCAAAAGGUUCCCAUUCACCGUGGAUAUUUACUGUGGGACCAUUGGACUUACAAGGAAGUGAGUAAACAUCUUGUUUUGUAUUAUGUCAAAUACGAAUACAGUGAUUACAAAGUAAACACCAUAAAAUUCCUUUAAAUAAAGGACUACUUACGUUUGAUCAUUGAUAGGCAUGUAAAAAGCUAUCCUCAUGCUUAUUAGCAGUUAGCUGUUAGCACGUUAGCUGCACAACAACUCCAGCCACCCUCGUCCAGGGAACGAACUGUAAAUUGCUCUCCGCCGGGCGGUUUGACGAUCCGCAAAGAAACUCGACAACCGGGUCGUCAUGUCAAAUAAUCCAGGCUAGUUAUGUGUGAUUUUCCACUUCGAAGACUUUGAAACAUCCCUCGGUUCGGGUUAGCAUGUCGGCUAGCUGUCACUCCUUCUGGUCUGCUUACAUUCUCCGAAGCCGGGGAAGGGAAAUUACAUAUGUCCGAUUUAGGUGUCAUAAAAUAUCGUUCGGGAGGUGUGACAGUAAAGGUGAAGUCGACAGUUUUGACCAUUAUGGAGUCAUUUUGCCAUGUCGUCUUGAAUAAAUGGAUUUUUAUUAUUUAAUAUUCCAUUUAGCACAAGAUUGUUAUUUGUCAUGACCAUGCCAUAUAUUUAGCAAUUGGGGAAAGUACUUGGGUAAAAAGAAUAUCCUGUAAAAAUAUUGAAGUAAAGAGACAGAAACAAUGACAUUUUGCCGCUCUCUUCGUCGCGUUUUCCUCAUUGUGAAUAGUUCCCCCUCGACGGGCUGACUGGUCCUUCUCAAGCCAUUUAUAUAGCUAUUGGGGAAAAAUACUUGGAUAAAAAGAAUACCCUGUAAAAAUAUUGGGAGUAGAGAGACUGAAACAAUGACAUUUUGCGGCUCUCUUCGUCGCGUUUUCCUCGUUCUGAACAAUUCCCCCUCAAUGGGCUGAAUAGUAAAACCGAUGAGCCCAGUCUACCGCUGACGUCAUCCACCUGUUGGGGACGCUAAAGCCCUAUAAUGGAAGGCGUGGCUAACCGGCAGAUUAAAAGACUAAUUUCUCGUCAUCUGCGCUUUGCUAAAUUGUUGUAUAUAGUCGAAUCGUCUCAAAAUAUGAUUCUAAUUCACAUAAUAAUGCCAUUUAAGACUUUUUUUCUGGUGUCAUAUGCUCUUUAAGCUUGCUGUACGUUUUAAUGAGUAGGAAUGAGGUCAGUAUUCAGUACUCCCUUUCUGACAAACUUAGUAAUCAUAGCUUAGGGCAAAAAUGUAUAAAGAGCCAUAUUGGAACAAAAUAACAAAAAAACAUAUGUGGAGCCGCAAAAAAAUUAAAACCCUUAAAUAAGCCUAAUAAUUAAGGCAACACAUGCUGUAUGUAUGUAUGUAUAUUAGCCUGCUAUCAAAAUGACUAAGUUGGCCAAAAAUACAUAAUGAGCCUCCAUGAUUUAAUGUUUAUUCUCCCUGCAGCGCAUCCAACGCACAGCGUGACUACUCUGUUGUAUGAUGCCACCUCAAGUUUAACUUAAUUAAAAUAUUAACAAAUUGCUUCAUUGCUUUAAUGAAAUGAAAGAAAUACAAUCAAGAAAUCCCGAUUUUUUAUUUUAUUUUAUUAUUUUUUUUUUUUUUUAUUUAGAAAAACAACAUGGAACGUGCAUAACAUGCCCUUAACAUAGGCAUGUUUAUUAUCUCGGUUUUGUUUUUGAAGUCUGCAAAUAGGUGUUCUGAUAUCUUGAUGAACGUCUCCUUCAUGUACACACCAUCUGUGAACGGUUUUCCAUGCUUUAUUAUCUCCCGAGUUGCAACAAAACUUGCAACUUGCACUUGUUUAGUGAUGCAAUCCACUUCCUAAAUCUAUUGUUGCACUCCUCUUAAGGUCUUUAGAAGUAAUGCAAUCACACUUUUUCUCUUGCUCCCAAUUGAGUACUCGGCUUCAAAUGUAGCAUGCCUUCCCUGGAAAUGUCUCUCCACAUAUCUCUUUUUGUUUUUUGACAACUUCUCGCCACAGAUUAAACAUUUAGGCCAGGGGUCAGUAACCUUAGACACUCAAAGAGCCAUUUUUAACAGUUUCCCGCCAAAAUAAAAAUACCAGGAGCCACAAAAGCCCUUUGACAUGUAACAUUUUAAUGAAGUGCAACAAAAUUCACAGUGGAAGAAUGAUUGGGUGUCUAACAUUGUCCAUGGCACUGAAAAAGCUCAAUGUCAUAGUCACGAAGACCCACAGCAAAUUAACAAAAAAGCUACAUGCGGCUCUGGAGCCGCAGGUUGCAGACCCCUGAUUUAUGCAAUCCUUCCGCAUUGGCAAUGAAUGCAAAUGAUUUGGUCCAAGAAACGUUGAAUCCUUUGUUGUCCUCAGUUAUUUUUCUCCUUUUCCCUUUCGGAUCCAUGGCCCAUCUCACAGCGCUGGUUUGUUUGCAAACCUAAGCCGACCCCCGGCAUAGGGUGACCAAACGUCCUCUUUUGCCCGGACAUGUCCACUUUUCAAGUCCUGUCCGAAUCGUCCAGUUGGGUUUAAUAAAUUCAUUAAAAAAUGUGCGGUUUUCAUUUUUCACAGGACCAAUUUUAAGAGAAUCCCUCUGGCCGCUGAGCAGCGCCUGCCUGCGUUGACAUAGUUCUAAGAGACGUUUAUUGUUGUAUUGUGUUACCGGCAUCCCCAAUGGGCCGCUAUCCUUUUUCAACAUGACUGCCAUUACAAAUAUAGCGCAGAAGAAGAAAUUGGGCAUGGCAAAAGAGAGCAAGAGGCAGUGGUAGUUGAAGUUGCGCGGGAGCGCUGUGUUGAGUGGCAGUGUGCCACACUGGUUCUGUUUUGUUCAUAAAAAGUCUCCACUGAAAAAGCCAUCUGGCACGUCCAUGUGUUUUAUACACUUUGUCAUCCACUAGAAGGAAGAACCGUAUCUGUAAGUUUAUGUCCUAUUAAUGUCGAUCAUGUGUUUUCUGUUGUGUAUUGGGAUAUAUGCAUUGCCAUAGGUUUGCAUAGGGGCGGUCCCACGAGCGUCCCUUUUCAGCAGGGGUGUCCAAACUUUUUGCAAAGUGGGCCAGAUUUGGUAUGGGAAAAAUGUGGGGGGCCAACCUUGGCUGACGUCCUUUACAUAGAACAAUAUAUUUAAGCAAAUUUUAGCAAGCCAUUCUGUGUGUCACAUUUGCUUUAUUAUUAUUAUUAUUUUUAAAUAAUAUUUUCAACAUUCUCGCAGAUAGCCUUUGUGGUGUUCUCUUUAGACUCUCGGGCUCUUGCAAAAUACUGCUGCUGUGAAAUUAAGCUAACUUCAAGUUGCUUCAAUUCCUCGCUGCGUAUCUUCCCAAUAAUCUUGUCGUACAUGUCAGCGUGUCUUGUUUGGUAAUAUCGCCUCACAAUGAACUCUUUAAAAACAGCAACUGUCUCUCUGCAAAUUAGGGAGACACAGUUGUUGCGUAUUUUAGUGAAGAAAUAGUCCAAUUUCCACCUACCCUUGAAGGGUCGGACGUCGCAGUCAACUUUCUUUUUUUUGUUGAUUGUCGCCAUUUUAGAAAAUUGGGAGGACAGGAUUACACGGGAUGAUGUUGCUUAGGGUGCUGCUGCCUUUUAGUGGGUAAAUGAGGAGAAGCAUUUAGUAUGUAGGCUACUUCAUAUGCUGGUUGAUUUUUUGACAGAGGCUGGGGGCCGGAUGAAAUUUGACCAAGGGCUGCAUUUGGCCCCCGGGCCGGACUUUUCUGCUUUUCAGGAUGCUUAAAUUGAAGCAACCUUAUUCACGUUGUAUAAUGACUUCAGGUAUAUACUGUAGUUAAUUUAGGUUGUCGUGCCAUAUGUUGUAAGGAUAGAACUGACCCUACCAUUAUUAAGUGAAUUGUUUUCAUCAUGUUCAGACUUACCCCUUUUCACAUGCUGAAUGUGCCGGUCCAUUUUUUCCCCUAAAACGCACGUUUGAUGACUCCCCAUACAAGCACUUACAGGUCCGACAGAAAUACAACAUGUCGACAAAAUGCCGCGUCCUCCAACCCAUUGGAAAAGGAGGGACAUAAGAAGUUGGUUUUUUUGGCCAGCAGCAGCCUGAAAGUAAUGUAAAAAGACGUCAAUGUUGUGGACGUGGGAACACACCACUAAUUUUGCUGCUGAAAGUCCGACCUGCAUCAGAGUUAGUGUAACAUUAAACUGUGUGAAUUUGCUAAUCUGCAAAACUCGAGUAAUAAGCUGCUUAGACUGAGAAUGGCCUCCGGUUGCCUGGCACGGCCAGACUGUUCUCCUUGUAUUUUUCAAACACUGUGAGAAUAGUCUAGCACUAAACUCCUUAAUGGCCUCUUGAGCCGAACGAAAUCAUCCGUGCAAUCAGAUUCGAUUAUUUGUGUGACGUGUUCUUAACGAGCAACGUCACUCUUGCGCGUCGGAAGUCGUCUCCACAACAACACAGAUGGCGAAAUGGAGAGCCGAGAAUGUGUUCCAAUCUGUGGUAAAAUCAGUUUUAAAUGACCAAAAACACAUCGACACUCUUGUAGUAAUUGUUUUGCAUUGGUGUAUUUGGUUGAAAGUUAGUAUUAUAAGUAAAGUAGCUGUGUUUCUUAUGCCUAAGGGUUCCGUCAUCUAUGUUAACAAAAGGAAAUUCCAACUUGACACAGGAGUAUUUCUUAACAAUUAGCGUGUGUUGAAAUUGACUGACACUUUGCACGUACGGUACUGUGCUGCCUUUGACGUGUUCCCUGUGAGCCUAGUGCCCAGUUAAGUUUUUUACUAUCAAUACGUAUACUGUAUAAUCAUAUGCUCAUGUACCCAAAAGAGUAAGUCAAAAAUAUCUUGAUUCAACUUUGGAUACAAACUAGUGCAUGCGUGCGCAGUCAGAGAUUGUAUACAUACAUACAUUUCUAUGGGUCUGGAUUAUAUUAUUAUUUUUAUCAUUAUUUAUUUGGGGGAGGGGGGUUAUUGUUUGAUUAUUUUUCAGGAAGAAUAAAGCCUGUUGAAUAAAAAAAAAUAUUGCCAUAUAGUAUAAUACAGUAUAUACUAUAUGGCAAUAUAUACUGGACUGUCUCAGGAAAUUAGAAUACACAAUAUUCUAAUUUUUUGAGACAGUCCUGUGUAUAUAUACAGGACUGUCUCAGGAAAUUAGAAUACACAAUAUUCUAAUUUCCUGACUGUCUCAUUCUUUACAACAACCAUACUUACGGACAAAUGUUGUCCAAGGAUUAUAAGCACAACAGAGACGUCGUGCAGCCAUAAUGAACUGGCAAGAAAUCAAUAAACCAUGUCGCAAAGCGACCAUAAGAGUUCGCUGUUAGACAGCACAAAACGCCUUGCUGUAAAGCUUACCAAAAGGCAGAAUACUGUCUGAGCGGGACAUGUGCGUUAAUUGCGUGAAAUAUUUUAACGUGAUUAAUUAAAAAAAUUAAUUACCGCACGUUAACGCGUUAUUUAUAUAUAUAUGUCAACAAUAACGCGUUAACGACCAUGAUUAAUCUGGAAAUAUUAACGCAUUAAAGAAAGAUAACGCAAUUUACCGCUCACACCAAGUUUGGUCACAACUGCCUCCCGUAGUCCCACACGCUGAUGUUUACAUUCUCCGCGCGGCAAUGCAGGACAAAAUGCAGCCACCCACGAUGAGUUAGGAUGAUGACCCAGGACUGCUUCAUGGCAAAUUCCGUUUUAAAAAGCUGCCAAAUGAAAGUCUAGAUAAAACCAAAGUUGUGUGCACAUACUGCUGUAAUGAACUGUCCUUCACAAUCAAAGCUCAACCAGCCUAAAGUACCACCUUCAGGCGAAGCAUAUCUUCGCUAGUGUUACACUGGCAGCGUGCGGACUCGGACUUGUCAACAAAAAGACAACAAGUAGGUUGAUUCCUGCUAUCGCUAUAUGGGUAGCCAGAGACUGUAGAGUGACCCAUUAUCAUAGUCGAAGACGAGGGCCUUGAAAAUCAAUUGACAACAACCAAUGACAAACCACUAGACAGGUACAAGGCAGUGCCAGCAUCGACUUAUGUCCACUACAGUGGUAAUCUGCGCACAGUGGUGCCCGCAGUAAGCUGGCCUACCUUGCAAAAAAAGUAUCUGGUCACACCUGCCACAACCAUUCCUUGCGAGAGACUGUUUUCUUUGACUGGGCACAUUGUUCAAAAGAAAAGGUCUGCUCUGUUAUCUGAAAAUGUCAACAAGCUAGUUUGCCUGAGCAGUUAGUUAAAAAAAGUAUGUAAGGGUAAAGUAAAAGAGUAUGACUGGCUAACUUAAGCAGUGUUUCUAAACACCUUGACACACAGUUUAGUGUAAUGUUUUUCAGUUAAGUGUGUGAAAAUUUACAGUUUAUUUUUUUAUAUCUCACACAGCUUUCAGGCCAUUUAGUGUAACACUGCAAAUGCUGCAUUUAUUUGGUUGAAAUGUUCAAUUUAACAGACAAGUUGUGUACACAUUUUUGAAACACUAGCUAUUGUUACUGUAUUGUGCUUGUCUGCUCUUUAAAUUGUUAGUUAAUUUUGGGUAAUAUGCCAAACGGUACUUAAGCCACAUUGUUAGUCUGAGGCAUUUUAAUCCGUUAAAGCUCUUUGCUGUAUAAUACAGACAAUUUAUUUUAUUUUUUUAUACAAGCUGAGUUGUUAGAUAACAUUUUAAAACUCUUUUUGUUCAAGUAUUAAUUCAUUCACACAUCAUACAUUUUAAAACAAAACAUCUUAAAACAAAUUUUAAGUCAAUUAUAGUAUUUUCCUAAAAAAUUUUUCCUGAAGAGCAACUUUAUUCAUCGCGAGGGAAAUGUGAGGAAUCAUGAUUAAUCACACAGUUGACAUAUGAUUAACUAGAUUAAAUUUUGUAAUCGUUUGACAGCACUAAUAUAUAUAUAUAUAUAUAUAUAUACACAGUGCCUUGCAAAAGUAUUCGGCCCCCUUGAAUCUUGCAACCUUUCGCCACAUUUCAGGCUUCAAACAAAGAUAUGAAAUUUAUUUUUUUUGUCAAGAAUCAACAACAAGCGGGACACAAUCGUGAAGUGGAACAACAUUUAUUGGAUAAUUUAAACUUUUUUAACAAAUAAAAAGCUGAAAAGUGGGGCGUGCAAUAUUAUUCGGCCCCGUUGCGUUAAUACUUUGUAGCGCCACCUUUUGCUGCAAUUACAGCUGCAAGUCGCUUGGGGUAUGUUUCUAUCAGUUUUGCACAUCGAGAGACUGACAUUCUUGCCCAUUCUUCCUUGCAAAACAGCUCGAGCUCAGUGAGGUUGGAUGGAGAGUGUUUGUGAACAGCAGUCUUCAGCUCUUUCCACAGAUUCGCGAUUGGAUUCAGGUCUGGACUUUGACUUGGCCAUUCUAACACCUGGAUACGUUUAUUUUUUAACCAUUCCAUUGUAGAUUUGGCUUUAUGUUUUGGAUCAUUGUCCUGUUGGAAGAUAAAUCUCCGUCGCAGUCUCAGGUCUGCAUUAUAUUAUAAUUAUUAUUUUAUCAUAUACUAUAUAACAGGGGUCAGCAACCUUUUUGGUGUGGCGUGCCACUUUCAAAUUUUCUUGUCAAUCAGUGUGCCACACCAAGAUUAAUGACGCACAUCCGAAUUUUUAUAUCCAACAGAGCUCCAAAGAAAACAACAUGAACAUACGUUGAAAUCUUACAACUACCAUUCUUCUUUAUCAAAUAACUAAAAAAUAAAAGUAUAUUGUAGAAAAUAUCAAAACUUGACACUUAUGUAAACAUAUCACACACACACAACCCAGCAAGAAAAGGGGAACAAGCGUGAUUCUCAGUGCAGGUCUCUCACAGUACAGAGCGGGCUGUUUUAACCUUCAAAGUCAGGCGACUAUUUUGUCUUUUUCACUAACAGUGAAUUAUAUGCACAAUUUUAGAUUUCAUAUAACAAAUACAAAAGAUGCCUACCUUAAUGUGAUCCCUGGCCCUGUUUUCCAUGAAUUUCAUGUUUCGUCUCGUAGUUGCGUUUGACACUUGUUGUGCGACACACACACAACGCUCCCGAGGCAUAAUGCACAGAGCAAGCGGAAGUAACCAGCCAACCAGUUGUUACCGGCACCCCCAAGGGGCCGCUGUCCCCUACAGUAUGACCAGCUUAAUAGUUAAGCGUAAGAAAAAGAGAGGCAAGGAGCAAGGUGUUGAGAGAGAGUUGUGCGAAGAGCGCCAUGAAAAGUGGCUGUGUCCCAUGCUGGUUUUAGUUUUGUUAAUAAAAGUCUCCAGCAAAAUACCAUCCAACGUGUCACUGUGUUUUUAUACACAUCACUACCUCUCUGAAGUAAGCACCGGGUGAAUCAACGACAACAAGCUACGUUAAUCGCCUGUCCACCACACCCUACGGUGCAGAGUUGCAAUUACCAAAAAGUGCAAUUGGUAACACAGUGUACUUCCGCCAGUUCUCUGAUUGGUCGGCUUCGUGACAUGUUAGUAGAGUGGGCUGAAUUAAACGCACAGAGAAAAAAAUCCGACAAGCGCAGGAGUCGAGAAAUUGGGGAAGAGCUGGAGGUGUGCUCAAAAUCCAUUAUUGCUCGCAUAUAACGCCACAGUCAGAGUGGGUGAGAGGGGCGGUCCCGUAAAGCCCCUAAAUAACAGGGCGCGCAACUGAAAAUGCCUUAAUUUCCGGUAAAAAGGCACAUUGUAAAUGGGCUCGCUUCCGCUAUCCAAACAGCUAAACAUGAAAAGGUUCACACUCCGGAUGUUUUCAGUAAUCCUUUAUGUGUCUGUUUUCUUAUUUAUGAAACUAAAACAAUGAAAAAAUACAUGCAAUCAGCAACAAUGCUGCAAAUAACAAAAAUGCCAUCCAUAUAUGCAAACACAAUUAGCCUGUAUUCAGUAGUUCUUAAUUAGAAAUAUCAAACACAUUUCCCCUCAAACAUGCAACCUAAAGACAAUAUAAAGAGUGUAAUUCUCAAUUUGACAACAAAAUACUCACAGACGUUGCUCUAAAGAACACAAAUGCCACUCAAGUUGUGAGAGUGGAGCUGCCAUGUAACACACUGAAUCCCAUUUGGAGAACUUCCUAUUUGCAUUUUUCUUCUGUUUUUUAGAACCAAUAAAUAAAACGGCCACAAGAUGGGGCGCUUGAGCAAAUGAUAAAGAUACAACCGACAAUAAACAUAACACGCUUUUUUUUUUUUUUUUUUUUGCCAUGCCCUCGCGUGUCACUAAUUAACCCUUCGCGUGCCAGUGCUGACACGCGUGUCAUAGGUUGCCGACCCCUGCUAUAUGAUAUAUAUUAUUUUAUCCUUAUUUAUUUUAUUUUUUUUGUUUGAUUAUUUUUUAGGAAGAAAAAAGCCUGUUGAGUUACCUGUUGAGUAAAAAAAAAAUAUUGCCAUGUAGUAUAUUAUAUAUACAGGGGUGCACAUAUUUUUUUUGCCCAGGUUCUCAGAUGAGGACCUGGAGAUGUGACUUGGUCCUCAUUGAGCUUGAGAGCCGACCGGCCUGAUGCAAUAAAAUCAUGACAAGCUUUACUUAGAGCCAAUUACCUUUAAUUAAUUAUAUUAACAAUUAACGCUUGAUUAACAUCAACUGGCACAACAAAAUUGCCAUUACUUUGAAGUGAAAUGUAAAGAAAUAAACAUAAAAGCACUAAUUCAAAAUGAAGGGCAUUAUGCAGCUCCCACAUUAACUCCAAGCCUUUGUAAAAGUGGGAUGUCCUACUCAUAAGAGGUCAUUGAACGUGCAUGUUUAGCUUUGUGAAAUGCGAGCAAAAACACGUUUGUCAGUGCAUGGCGCUGUUCUUCAUUAAUUUUAUUCCGCCACUUGUCCAUAGAGCGAGUAGGGUCCUGUCUGACAUUGCCACAUGCUGUUUUUUUCGUGCUUUUCAAAGUUUGGAUGGCUGAAAUUAUUUAACCCCAUAUAAAAUGCGCUGCUCUUAUCAGUGACAUUGGGAUUCUCACGGCCAAUUUUGCACCACAUUUCCGUGCGAGCAUCAUUUGCUUCUAGCCAUGGUACCUCCUGCAGCCACUUUUCAGCAAAAGUCCUUUUUUUCAAUAGCUCCGGUGACAUCUCUGUCGUCUGUCUGUCUUUUGACGGGGGUGGGGGAACACGGAAAUAAUUACUCAGUGGGGCCUGCCACUUUGACAUUUUGAGAAGUGAUUUUCUCCUGUCCGCCGCUAAUACAGUGGUCCGCCAUCGGUACGCAAAAGCGUAUGGAAGCCAUUGAGGGCCAGCGCGUUUGUCUACGUCCAGUACGCAUGCUCGCAUGCGGACCACUUAUGUGCACCCCUUAUAUAUACACUAUAUGGCAGGGGUCCCCAACCAUCCAGCAACAUACAUGUGCAACACGCAUUUGCUACCGGGCCGCACAGAAAUAAUAAUUUAUUAACGACUGCAUUCUGGCCGAAUUAACUUUGGCCUGUGCCCCUAAACACACCAAUGUCCCUGUCUACUCUAGAUAUAAUUCUACAGGAUAGAAUGUCGUCAUAGAAAUCCAUUUAUUUGACUGCUAGCAGUACAUCUCGUUUUGUAUAUCUAUGCGCGCUUGUCCUCGAUAAUAACGUAUGACGUAGGGCAGGCACAUCACAUUUGUUCCCAGAAUGACUGAAAAACAGACGUCUUUAGACAGAAUUUUUACAGGAAAAAGGGCACCUGACGAGCCAGAAGAGCCUACAACCUCAAAGAGAACAAAAUCUACGCUACUUCCCAAUCACUAAAGACCCACGAACUGCGAAGGAGUGGAUUCGUGACCCGUUUGUGAAUAUACCGAGUGAUUCGAGCAUGUCUGUGCAACAGAAGGAUCAGCCUGCAGAGAUCGCAAAUGACAGUGACCUGAAACGUACAUUUGAGACAACAACUCUACGGAGGUUCUGGAUUAAAGUCAUUCAGGAAUAUCCUGACAUUGCUACGAGAGCACUGAAAACUGUGCUACAAUUUCCAACAUUGUAUCUUUUUGAAGCGGGCUUCUCUCAUUCUCCCAUCACACCUAGAUGGGACCGUCUCAACGAAACAAGCUCAAGCCUCCCACUGAUACAGCGGGCAAGAUCUCUGGAGCUGACAACCUGUGGAUGCAAGGAGAGUGGAACACUGUGCAGCACUAGGCAGUGUCGAUGUCGAAGAGGUGGAAUGUUUCACUGUGGGGCAUGCGGUUGUGCUUGUGCAGCUUGGUGCAAGAACACUCAGGAUUCUGACUGAAAAUGUGGACAUGUGUCGUAGAUGUCUUCUGGAAACAUACCAUUUCUACUGUCUUCGGAGUACAACAAAUCAAUCUAUUUCUCCCAGCAGGCUUUGAUGGAUGGACAUCACCAUGUUGCUAAUGAAAGUUCUGAUGUACUAAAGAAGUCCAAGCUCCUUUAAGUUUGUAAAGUGUGUUUAGUUUUAUUAAACAUCUUUUUGGCAAAAACAUAAAUAACUUGACCUGAUGUUUUCUAUUCCACACAUACAUAGAUACGUAUAUAUUAUAAUUAAAGAUCAUAAUCAUGUUAAAUCAAUAUAAUUGGAUUGGAUUUACAGUCAGGUAUAUGAAUUAAGUCAAAUAGGACCAACUGGUAUAGGCUUAAAUAGAAUUCUAGAUUUCCGCCUGGUCAUUAAAUGCUAAAAACCUGUGCAGUGUAGUCCCAUUUCACAAUACAUGCCUGAAACUUGGCACACAUCUUUCCCCUAGACGGGGGUACUGAUUGGUAGAAGUUUUGAGUUUGUAUCUUAUGUUUCCAAGCUGCUACUCAUUUUAUAAAGUGGUACACUUUUGGCAGAAAUUGAUUUUUACAUGUUCAAGCUCCAUUUUUUCCCAUGCUGUAAUAGGGGUGUACAUUCUGACGAUUCUAAAGAUAUCCCAGAAGUGUCAGCUUUCAUUUGAUACCAAGUUUUUUUCUGUAGCCUGAAGGGAAUAGGUACCGUUCUCGCACACACCAUAUACCGUAAUUUCUGGACUAUUGGGUGCCCCUGAUUACAAGCCUCACCCAGUACAUUUUAGGGGAAAAACCAUUUUAUACAUACAUAAGCCUCUCCUGGCUAUAAGCCGCGUGUGCCCACUUAGUAACAGGAGAUAUUGACAAAUGAAUACAUACAGUUUUCAAAAUUUUAAUAACACACCUUAACUUUUCGUUCCAAACAGCGCCAGCAAACAUGGCAGCUAUAUAGCAGCGGCACAGAAGUUAAAUAGCAUCAGCACGGCGGUACAGCACAAAUUGGGCUGGUUAUUAAAAACAUAAAAGUCUUUGUUAGCAAUCUUCAUCUUCCUCCUGUGCACUCAAACCAUGGAAGUCUUCACCCUCAGUGUCGGAUAUGAAGAUGCUUAGAUACACUUCGCCACGCACCUACUCAGUGUCUCCAUCGCCGUCGCCUUCAAUGUCUCCCAUAAUGAGGCAAAUGCACUCCUAAGCCCGUGCUGUCCUCUUCGGCACGCAGCAGACUGGCGGCCCCUCGAAAUCCGUUGGUGAUGGCAGACUUCAUUCACGCUGCCAGGCUCCCCCGGCAUACCUGUGCAAUAGCUGCUCUUCGCAUGAGGCAAGUCUUGGCAAACGAUCUCUCGCCGCGAGUCGUCAAAACUUCCCAUACAACUCGGAUGGCCAAUUUAAUUUUUUCUAGCGUUCUCCAUGAUGCAGAUCUGCCAAUUCUACUCAUGCACAAAGACGAGGGUCCACCACCUCUAUUCAUGCACAAUGUACAAAGUUAAAGUCAUAGUGCAAACAAGCGUCUUCCUCGACACUUAUAUUCCACGUGUCUCACUCCCACAUUCCAUGCUCGAGCGCCCCGGGCGGCUAUCAGAAAAAUUCCCAAAUUGCCCGCAUCAUUGCACACACCACAGGAUCCAAAAUGAGGGGAAAAAGUAGCGGCUUGUAGUCCGGAAAUUACGGUAAUUGUUUGCAUUAGUCUGACACAUUCAUCUAACUAUAGUUUAGGCAGACCAUGCCCUUGAACACAGUAAAGUGAAUUACCUUAUCGGGGCUCAUGAGGGGGAAAUGGUAAAUGGUACCGUUUCUCAUAGGCACCGUCUAACUGUUUGCAUUACUCGAACACACGUAAUAUAAUUAAUCAGGGAAUAGUAUCAUUUCUCAUAUUUACUGUAAGACUGAACUACUCUAAACACACCUAAUAUAAAAGAAAUAGCACACCAUAGUUUAAUGAAAAGAAGCAGAAUAGAUACACAACGCCAUCUUAUCACAGAAGCCCAACGUGUGCGUCACGAGCAAGAUUGACGCACCCACUAUUGCAAUCAGCUCUCCUGGCCAACAAGAACAAAGAGCAGCGCCCCUUGUCAUAAAACAAGUACGAGCAAGAUUGACGCACCCACUAUCGCAAUCAGCUCUCCUGGCCAACAAGAACAAAGAGCAGCGCCCCUUGUCAUAAAACAAGUAGUCAGCCCAGAUAACAAAGUUGAUAGCAGGUGCUUGGGACAUCAAGACCAGCGUCGGUCGCUGUGGCAGCCACAUCCCAUCCACGGAAGAACCUACCUGCCCAAAACCGGCCACAGAGGGAAGGUCCCAAAAGCAACGCCUAGACUCACCUUCGGCCCGGCCUACUCCACCACGGACUUAAAAAACACUGGACACUGAGAUAACACAGAUUUGCUGCUCGGAAACAUUUUCUAUGUAGCCUUGUUUUGGAUUUAGCAUUGUUCCUCCAUCGUGAUGUUUUGCCUUGUUUUUUGACCAUUGUCGACGAAUAAAUUGUCAACCUGCUUUUGGUGAGUCUUUUUCAAACU